GGCUCUUUGGAAGUGUUAACUCCAGAACUGUGUCUUUCAGAGCUGCAGAAUUUUACUUCAGAUGAUGAACAAGAAACUCUUAAAGCUCAAAGUCCAGAAAACCGCUUAAAUGGUCAGAGGUCACAGAGCCCUACAGUGAUCUCAUUAAACAGCGAGCAAGAGAGAGUUAAUGAAAAUCUGAAAUCAACAGCGGCUGAGGAGUCAGAUUCUUCUGAGAUUCCAGUUGCUGCAGAACCCAACAUUGACCCCAAACUGGAAAAAGCUAUAAAGAGAAUGAAGGCUCUAGAUGAAAUCUUGCUUAAAAAGACUGCAAAGGAGAAGGAGGUUUUAGCUCAGAGCAAUGCACUUAGAAAGCAAUUGUGGGAAGAACUACAGAAUGUUUCCAAACAUUCUUUGUCAUGCAGUCAUGAAGAAAUUGUGAAUACUAAUACAUUUUUGGCACUGAGUCCACAGUUCAAUAUCUCUGCA